ACAGAGCAGCAAACAAAAUCGGCCGGCGCCGCCUGAAAUAGCCGCUAAACUUGAGGAGGCCCCGAAAAAAGAAUGGCAGUGUUCACUCAGACGCUGUGGUCGCAACAGCAGCAAACCAUCUAUCAGCAGGAGUCGGUUUACCUCAGGCAAAUGGGCGCUACGGACAACCUGAUCCAGCAGGCCAAUGCCACGGCCAUCGUGUCUGUCGAGUUUGAAGUCUUCGGACAAGUCCAAGGUGUUUACUUCACAAAAUACUGCCGGGACAUGUGCACGCAGCUCGGAAUCGGCGGAUGGGUGAAGAACAGCAAAAAGGGAUCCAUUGUUGGAAAGAUGCAGGGAGACAAGAUCAGAGUAGACCAAAUGAUUGAGUGGCUGUCAAAGACCGGAAGUCCUGGAUGCAAAAUUGAGCGGUGUGAUGUGGCAAACUGGGAGUUCCUUUCCAGACAAGAAUUCAGAAACUUCAGCAUCAGAUUUUAAUUAUAAGGCACCUCAUUUUCUUCGACUUUCCAAACAGGAGAGCCAAAACUUACUGAUCUGAGGGCUCUCUGAAACUUACUAAAUUUUUCUGUCAAAGCGUACGUUAUUAAAUAUUAUUUAAUUGGAUACAAACAUUAAAAACAAACAGAAUAAUGUUGUUUGCAAAAAUUUAAAUGGUUUACCUAUUAGAUAGCUUGAAUUCUGGCAGAUGAUAUUAUGCACUAUAAAAAAGGAUUUUUUGUCCAGCACAUUUUUGUGUAAUAAUUACAAGAUUGUCUGCUUAUUUUAUUUUGUUUAGGUUUCAUUAAAACUGUGAAAAACAUUUAUAGCUCUGGAGUGAAUGAUGGUAGAAUGCAUUAUUAAUCAGAGUAAAGAUCAACCUGACACCAGGCGUGUUAUGCUUGAAAGGGUUACUUCUUGCAACCUGUGAAUUUGCAAAGUGGUAUACGAGAGCAGAGCUGUUGUUAAAACAAAUAAAUGCUUCCUACGUGUUUUCUAAAAA